CACCGACGCGUUCCACAGUGACGCAUCUCAGGAAGAGCAGGCGCGACCCAACAUCCGACGGCAACGAAUUGAGGCCAGCGAGGUAAGUGCGACGUUGUCAUAGGGAAUUUGGUCCUUUUCGUAUACACAAUUCUGUGUUUGCCCUUCAUCCAAUGCCGCCCCAGCACUCUUUUCUUGCAGCUUUUCUCGACCCGCUCGUUCCUGUCCUUCCGUGCUCCCCCUCCCUCCUCCCCACCCACCGCCCUGCGCAUUUCGCGAUAUCCUCUGUCGCAGAGCCCGCGUUCGCCGCGUGCUCUAGGUAGCCUGUCAACCUCGAAACCCCAUCCCAAAUGCCACAGCUGCGCAUCAACUCGCUCCUGUCACUACUUGUAGCCCUCCUUCUCUCUCCACGGUCUUGAAACUACCGCCGUCAUGAGCAGCAGGGUCUACGACGUCGACCAGACGGGCAAUGUGCUAUGCACCUACGACCAGUCGGGCGCCGUCGGCGAGGACGACUCCAGUCUGAAGACGGAGAAAACACACGUCCCGCUUGCCAAGGCCAUCUUCUACGCCUUCCUCCCCGCCGGCUUCCCGCACAGCGUCACCGACGACUACCUUGCCUACCAGACCUACGACUCGCUGCAGGCCUUCUCUUCCUCCAUCGCCUCGCUGCUCGCCAACCGUGCAGUCCUCGAGGGCCUCGGCGUCGGCAAUGCUUCGCAGUCGCCCACCGCCGCGCUCGUCCUGCAGAUCCUGCAGGACACCUUCUCCCGCUUGGCCACCAUUCUGUUUGCCCACCGCAUGGGCACCGCCAUCGAGCCCGAGUGCAAGACGUACCGCUUCAUGGCCGACCUCUUCAAUGACGCCUCGCAGCUCCUGGACCUCCUCGUCCCCGUCCUGCCCUUCCUGCCCAAGGUUUCCGUCAUGGUCUCGGCCGCCAUCCUGCGCUCGCUCUGCGGCGUCGCGGCCGGCGCCAGCAAGGCUAGUCUGUCGGCCCAUUUUGCAAAGAUGGGCAACCUGGCCGAGCUCAACGCCAAAGAGGCGUCGCAGGAGACGGUUGUCAGCCUCGUCGGGAUGCUCGUGGGCACGGCCGUCGUACACAUGGUUGAGGACAAGCGGGCCGUGUGGUGUUGGAUGAUUGUUCUGAUCGCUAUUCACCUCAUGAUGAACUAUCGCGCCGUCCGCUGCGUCAAGAUGUUGACGCUCAACCGUCAGCGCGCCACCAUUGUGUUCCGCGAGUUCCUCGAGACGGGCAAGGUCCUGACCCCCGGCCAGGUGGCCGCCCGCGAGAGCAUCCUGCGCAACGGCCGCGGCAAGCUCACCAGCAAGAGCGGCGAUUACCGUGGCCACUGCGAGUUUGGCAGCUACGGCGACGUUAUGAACUUCCACCCCUGGGCCUACGACCGCUACGUCUUUGAGUCGGACGAGUACUACAUGGGAAUUUGGCACUGGCGCUCCAACUUCCAGGUGCGCAUCGCGAUGAAGGAGGGCAGCCGUGGCGGCGGGGCUAAUGGCCCGCUGCUCGCCUGGUUCGACGCCGUCGCCCACGCCUACCACUUCGAUUCGGCCCUCAAGGACGGCCUCGGAAGCCACACGGAACACGCGGGCCCAGCCGGCUACGUAACCCCUGAGACCAAGGAGUCGGUCCUUGCCGCGCUGCGGGCCUGUGGCUGGGAUGUUGAGAACGGUCAGCUGGAGAUUAGGAGUCCCAUCCGCGUCCGCACCGGCGACUCCAAGAAGGGCAUGUAGCUUUUCCCCUUGUCCAACGCGCGCCUGGUAAUUCCCCGGCAAUCCGCUCUCACCUUUUUAGGUUGGGUUCUUGAUUCCCACAUCUUCCUUUUUUUUCAUUCGUGGUGUCUUUUCCCAUCUGGUGGUCCCCUCUCAUUUCCUUUUUGGCAACCGGUGUUACGGGACCCAUGGCACAACUGCCGCUUCUCGGAACACAGAACGGGAGCGGAUCAUAGAGAAGCUCCGGCACAAGCACAGGAGAUACCAAUUUGCUGAUAAGUCUGCCUUUUUGAUUCCAGUGCCAUCCGUUGUACUGCCCUCGGAAAAGGAGCCUCUCCCACACUACCAUGGCACGUCGACCUCUGGCCCUUACCAUUCAGUACCCCAGGAGGUCAAGCAUGAUUGAAGCUUCUUUCCUCGCGUCUCCUCUUAUGUUCUUUCGCCCUCCCUCUCUCGUGGGACGUGUCCCCUCAGGAUGUGAUUUGGUCGGGGGGCAGUUGCUUCGAAAGUUGCCACGCCGCCAUGCGCGAUGCGGCACGGGGUUCGGCGACUUGUAGAAUCGCACAAGGGCCUUGUUUGUUUGACAUGGACGUUUUAAGUCGUUUUUGCUCGUCCGUUUUCGUUUGUUAGUGGUUGCUUCCCCGGUAAAGCCUUGUUCUAUGUUCUAGCACGGUGUCGAAGGCCAAAGAGGUACGGCGCUUCACUAUUUGGGCCUGAUUUCGUGCGAAAUCUACACAUUAGACGAUACAACGCAGUGUAGCGCCCUGUAUGUUAUACAAGAGAUUCACACGUGGAGCGGU